AAGGAACUUGGUUCCCCCUCCCUCAUCUCCCGCCCCGAAAGAUUCAAAAUGGAUAGUGUAGAAGAACCUCAGAAAAAAGUCUUUAAGGCUCGAAAAACAAUGAGAGUGAGUGAUCGUCAGCAACUUGAAGCAGUGUACAAGGUCAAAGAAGAACUGUUGAAAGCUGAUGUCAAGCUUGUAAAUGGCAACCAUGAAAAUGGAGAUUUGGACCCAACCUCACCUUUGGAAAAUACGGAUUAUAUUAAUGACAAGGAGGAGGUGAAUGGCAUUGAAGAGCUUUGUUUUGACCCUGAAAAAAGUAAAUCAGAAUGGAAAGAAGCCUCUUGUACCUUAAAUGUUAAUAUAAAAAACAAGCAGGAUGAUGAUUUAAAGCAUGAAACUUCGUCUCCUAAUAGUAUAGCUCCUGAGCUAGUCUGUAAACUGACUCCUGAACCAGCUUCUGAGGAGCCAGCCUCUGUUGAUCUGGCUAUGGGAGAUCCAGCCUCUGGAGAUUCAGCCCCUGAUGGUCUGGCCUCUGAAGUAUUAACCUCUGGCGAUCCUGCCUCUAGCAAUCCCACCUCUGGUGAUCCCACCUCUGGCAAUUCUACCUCUGGUGAUAUCACUUCUGGUGAAAUAGUCUCUGGUGAAACAGUCUCCAGUGAACCAUUCCCUGGUGAAUUGGUCUCUGGUGAAUUGGUCCCUGAUGAAUCAGUCUCUGGCGAACCAAUCUCCAGUGAUCCAGCCUCUGGUGAUUCAGCUUCUGGUGACCUGUCUUCUGGAGCACUGGCCUCUGAUGAUCCGGCCUCUGGUGAUCCAUCUUCUGGUGAUCCAGCCUCUGGUGAUCCAGCCUCCAGUGAUCUGGCCUCUGAUGAACCCACUUCUGAUGAACUGGCUUCAGAAUCAGCUUUUGAUCCCAUCUUUGAACCAAGUUCUUUAUCAGUUUGUGAAGCUGUUCCUGAUACUGACAGUACCGAGCCUAGUAGUAAUAAAGGUGAUGAUUUUCUGGAAAAAAAUGGGGAUGAUGAAAAGUUAGACCAGAUUUUCGCAUUUGAUGAGAAAAACAAAGCUGAUAGUAAUAUCGAUGCUGAUGAAGAAACCCUAGAAACAGAUGAUACAGUUAUUUGUUCAGAUCUACCUCCUGAAAAUGAAAAGAAGUUAAAGGAAGAUGCUGUUACAGAACCUGCUCUUGGAGAGGAGGCUAUAUCUAGCAGUAUGGAAAUUGACCAAAGUGAAAAGAAUGAAGAUGAAAAUUCUGCAGACCUUGCAGAAACCAUUAUUGAAAAUGUUACAAAAGAUGACAAAAAUGAUAUUGCCUUGGAAAAUACAGAUUCUAUGGAGACAGAUGAAAUUAUUCCUAUUUUAGAAAAGCUUGCACCAGCUGAAGAUGAACUUACUUGCUUUCCUAAAACUUCUCUCCUUCCAAUUGAUGAGACAAAUCCAGAUUUGGAAGAGAAGAUGGAAGGUUCUUUUGGUUCACCAUCUAAACAAGAAAGCAGUGAGAGUUUGCCAAAAGAAGCCUUUUUGGUCCUCUCUGAUGAAGAGGAUCUUUCUGGCGAAAAAGAGGAGUCUGAAGUUAUAUCACAAAAUGAAACAUGCUCUCCAGAAGUAGAAACUAAUGGAAAGGAUAGCAAACCUGAGGAAGAAGAACAAGUAAUAAAUGAAGAUGAAAGACCUUCUGAGAAAAGUGAAUUUUCCAGAAGAAAACGUUCUAAAUCAGAGGACAUGGACAAUGUACAGUCCAAACGUCGUCGAUAUAUGGAAGAUGAAUAUGAAGCAGAAUUUCAAGUGAAGAUUACAGCCAAAGGAGAUAUUAACCAGAAGCUACAAAAGGUUGUACAGUGGUUGCUGGAAGAAAAAUUGUGUGCACUACAGUGUGCUGUAUUUGAUAAGACUUUGGCAGAAUUGAAAACACGAGUUGAAAAGAUUGAAUGUAACAAGAGGCAUAAAACAGUUAUUACGGAACUACAGGCCAAGAUAGCCAGGUUAACCAAACGCUUUGGAGCAGCCAAAGAAGAUCUUAAGAAAAGACAAGAAAAUCCACCAAACCCACCAGUAUCACCAGGAAAGUCUGUAGUUGAUGUCAACAGCAAUAACAACAAUGUGCCAUACAGAAAUGCAGGCACAGUGAGACAGAUGCUGGAGUCCAAAAGGAAUGUAAGUGAGAGUGCACCACCAACCUUUCCAACCCCUGUGAAUACAGUAUCUUCAACCAGUCUUGUCACUCCUCCAACAGUUGUCAGUAGUCAACCUAAAUUGCAGACUCCAGUGACUUCUGGUUCUCUGACAGCAACGUCAGUUCUUCCUGCACCCAACACUGCUACAGUAGUUGCUACUACUCAGGUGCCUAGUGGAAAUCCCCAACCUACAAUCUCUUUACAACCUUUGCCAGUGAUUUUGCAUGUACCUGUUGCGGUGUCCUCCCAGCCUCAACUCCUACAGAGCCAUCCAGGGACUUUAGUGACCAACCAACCAUCUGGCAACGUUGAGUUCAUUUCUGUACAAAGCCCACCUACAGUGAGUGGUCUUACCAAAAAUCCAGUAUCCUUGCCAGCCUUGCCAAACCCCACUAAACCAAACAAUGUUCCUUCUGUGGCCAGUCCUAGUAUUCAAAGGAACUCUCCUGCCAGUGCUGCACCAUUAGGAACAACACUUGCUGUACAGGCUGUUCCAACAGCACACUCUAUUGUACAAGCCACAAGGACUUCCUUACCUACAGUAGGUCCAUCAGGACUCUAUAGUCCAUCAAAUAACCGAGGUCCUAUACAGAUGAAAAUUCCAAUCUCUGCUUUUAGUACUUCAUCGCCUGCAGAACAGAGCACUGCUACCCCAAGAAUUGAAAACCAGACAAACAAAACAAUAGAUACUUCUGUUAAUAAGAAAGCAGCUGAUAGCACAUCACAGAGUGGAAAAGCCACAGGCAGUGAUUCGGGUGGUGUCAUUGAUCUCACAAUGGAUGAUGAAGAGAGUGGAGCUUCACAAGACUCUAAAAAGCUAAACCAUACCCCUGUGUCAACCAUGGGUUCUUCUCAGCCUGUGUCUCGACCAUUGCAACCCAUCCAGCCAGCACCACCUCUUCAGCCAUCUGGGGUGCCAACAAGUGGACCAUCUCAGACAACCAUACAUUUACUUCCCACAGCUCCCACCACCGUGAAUGUAACACAUCGUCCAGUAACUCAGGUGACCACAAGACUCCCUGUACCGAGAGCUCCUGCAAACCACCAAGUGGUUUAUACAACUCUCCCAGCACCACCAGCUCAGGCUCCCCUUCGAGGAACUGUUAUGCAAGCUCCUGCUGUUCGGCAGGUCAAUCCCCAAAAUAGUGUCACUGUUCGAGUGCCUCAAGCAACUACAUAUGUUGUAAACAAUGGACUAACCCUGGGAUCAACAGGACCUCAGCUCACAGUGCAUCACCGACCACCACAAGUGCAUACUGAGCCCCCACGCCCUGUACACCCAGCACCCUUACCAGAAGCCCCACAGCCACAGCGUCUGCCCCCAGAAGCUGCCAGCACAUCUCUGCCUCAGAAGCCACACUUGAAGUUAGCACGAGUUCAGAGUCAAAAUGGCAUUGUACUGUCCUGGAGUGUCCUGGAGGUAGAUCGAAGCUGUGCCACUGUUGACAGCUACCAUCUCUACGCUUACCAUGAGGAACCCAGUGCCACUGUGCCCUCACAGUGGAAAAAGAUUGGCGAAGUAAAGGCACUUCCCUUGCCCAUGGCAUGCACUCUCACCCAGUUUGUAUCUGGCAGCAAAUACUACUUUGCAGUACGAGCCAAGGAUAUUUAUGGACGUUUUGGACCUUUCUGUGAUCCUCAGUCAACAGAUGUGAUCUCUUCUUCCCAGAGCAGUUAAACCUUGGAGCCUUUAUCGCUUCCUCUUUCUGAGUUCCACUUUUUGGUCUUGUUUUAAUCUUGUGCAUGAUAUCCAUUGUAAAAUCCACAUUGUGCAAGAUUUCUUGGACAGAUGUGUAUAUACACUACAUUUGUUUAUAAUCAGAAGUAAAAUAAAUAGCCCAUAAAGCAAGAAUCUUUUCCUGGACAAUUGAAACUUCAAGGUUUUGAAAUGUAAAUGUGCACCUUGCUUUAGUUUUAAGGCUGGGGAAUAUGUGUGGGUGUUUAUGUGUGUUUUUCCCUAUUUAUAUGUUUACUGCAGUGGAAUCUCCCAUUUCCAUUCUCACAUUUACCUCUCUUCAAGUAUAAAGUAAGUAGAUCAAGGGAUCCGAGGUAUGGUAUGUGGCAUGAUUUGCUUCUGAGGGAUCUGUAGUUUCAUACUAAAUGACUUAAACUGAAUCUGAACAAAACCCAAAGAAAGAAAAAAAAGCAAAAUGGUUAAAUAGUUUAAAAUAGGUUAAUUUGAACACAGGAAAGGAUCUGUUCAUCUUUUUUCUUUUCUUGGUUGUUAAUUAGGUGAAAAAGAUCUGCAUUGGCCCUUGUUUCCUAAUCUGGCUCUUACAUUUAUUUUGUGCCUUAAAGAUUAACUACAAAAAUAAACAUGACCAUUUGUCCAUUGUUGAUCUUCUCGUUCAGCCUUUUGCCCUUCAUUUCUCCUUCAUCUCUACUAAAUAUAGCACAUUCCCUUCAAGUCAAUUUUAAACCAAGGCUUUAGGGAUAUUCUUACCAGUGGGAUCACUAAAUUUAACUCUAAAAAUUGGACUCACUCUUUUCUUCUAAGAACAUAAGUGCUGUUAUGUUUGGUCACUAUUUAAAUUAACUGUAUAAAAUGGACUAAGAGAAGAAAGACCAUAUUGUAUAAGAAAAUUGUCCUUCAAACAUAUUGUAGAAUUUAUGUUCCAUACUGUGUUAAAGAUUAGGAAAACAGUGCUAGUUCACUUUAUCACCCAAAGUAUAGUAUUCUUUCAUAGGUAGUAAAAUUCACAAAAUACAGUGAGCUACAAUAUCAAAGGGAAAGUUUUAUUUCCUUAUUAUUCUCAUAUCAUUUGUUUGUUUGUUUGUUUUAACCUUUUAACUUUGUUUUGAUAGUGCCAAGUUUUGUCUGAUUUACCCUCUGUCAACUUUGGACAGAAUUUCAAGUAUAUCCUUUGGGGUUAUUUUAUGUAGCAAUUAGGUAAUCCUUUCUGUGCAUCUCUGUUCCUGUUGAGAGUUAAUCAAUUUCCGUUUAGAUCAUGGAUUUUCAGUAUGAGUGCCAGCUUUACUGGUAUCAGGUAGCUGUUCAGGUGUGGGUAGUUUAGGGCAGGAGAGAUGGGAUAAGUUUGGGGAUGAGAGUAUGGUUGGGAAUAGUUUGAAAGAAAUUCAUGGAGUUUGUGAAAUAGCUUUUCAAGUCUGAGAAUAAAUUCAUUUUUAAAUUUUUCUUGGGAUUAUAGGAGGGAGCUAUCCCUUUUAUUAAUGCUGCUUUGUUUGCAACUUCGGUAGCUUGUAAUGGGAAGCAUUACAGUAAUGCUGUAAAGAAACUCUCAUUAGAGACUUCACUGGUCAGUAUAUUGUCACAUUAGGUGUAAAGUUUGAUUGAUGCUGAAGAAAGCCUACAAAUUGCCAAAAUGUAAGUGCUCCAGAACCUUCCUUUCACUUUCAGAAAAUGAGACCACAAUGAGAAUUGAAGUUUUCAUGAAUCCAAUUUGCCAACCAACUAACGUAGAUGUUACUCAUUCUAGGACUAACAAUGAUGGUAAAAGAAGUUGUCAGUGUCAUGCCAACGAAAAUUUGAAAAGGGAGAAAUUGAUAAUCUUCUAGAUGUGUAUGAACACCUCUCUAUAUCUGCAUGUGUAUAUGUUUUUAUCUACAAUGGUUGCGUCGCUGAUCAUGUGUUCAAGAUCAUUCCUGUCUACAGAAUGGAAAGCCCGUGUUCAAUUAAAAGUGUUCUUUAUUGGCCGGUUUUAUGGUCAUGUGAUGACAA